CAACACAGCCGAGGCGACAUAGCUCCACGGCAACAGCGUGCCGUGUCUCCCCAAUGGAGCUGCCAUUGGGUGGACCGACGCUCCGGCACUACACCCAGAGCCGACCGAGACCUCAUCGACAAAAGCUCAACUAUCGUCCCAGCAGACCGCAGGAGACAAUAAUUGAGAGUGAAAAUGAGGUCCUUGAGCAUAUGGGGCGAGUGGAUGAAGGAGUUGAUGAGUUCUUCUCCAAAAAAGUUCUUCCUGCGGAUACUCUGAAAACCCAGGAAGAGGAGUCAAUUACGGUUCACGAAGAGGCUCCGGUCAGCUCUGUCUCCUGCCCUCCCCCUACGAAAACUCUCAGGAGGAAGCUUGGGGAUUUCUUCACGCUGAGAAAGAGGAGAAGUCUCAAAUCCGAAACAAGUCUUGAGGGACGACCCAAAAAGGCCUCCAUUGCUGAUUUUAUCCGCCCUCUGAGGGAAGUCGCCAGAGCUGAAAAAGAGAAGAGCAAAAUCAAAGAGUAUGACAAGGAGAAUGAGAAAGAGAAAACAAAAGACGACCCCAGCUCAAAUACUGGUGACUCAGCGGUUCAGGAAACACCUAUCUCUGGUGCUCCGCCACUCAGAGGGGACGCGGCACCUCCCCGCCGGGCGCUCCGAGAGGGAAAAUCACAGUCCCUGAUUUUGCUCUCUGGAUCAGCGGCAGGCCCAACAAACGCCAGAAACACCACAAAGAAACAACUAGAAGGCCAACAUAGUUUUGAGCAAAAGCUUCAUCUCAUGCUCCAAAGAAUUGGAGUGUCGAAACCCCAGACUGGAGAGACGCAGAAGGUAGACAGAGAGAUGAAGAAGGCGGAGUCUGAAGGUACCAUCAUUGAUAAUAAGACUGAACCACCUCCAACGUUCUCCAAACCCAGAACAAUGUCGGCUUCAUCCGAUACACGCCACCAAAUGCGACCCAGUGCCUCAGCUCACGAGUCAGCUGGGAAACCUGCUUUGCCUCCAAAGCCGGUUAUCAAGUCUGUUCCAGCGACGUCAACAUCUGGUCGCAACACACCUGAGAAUGAGCUGACCCAAAUCCAGGAGGGGGAGGUGGUCACCCCCGCGAAACCAAGCCCUGUCGAAGCACCGUGUUCCCCAGCAACAGAUAUGACAAUCCCGAACGGCACAGCUGUCACAACAGAAGCGAAAAUGGAGCCCCCUAGCGCUGCAGCUCCCCCUGAAUCGGACACCUGCACUGACUCUGCUGAACCUUCAGCCACAGUUAAAGCUGUCUCACCAAGUGACGCCAUAGAGCCAGACGGUAAGGCAGCCUCUCCAGAUGAGAGUUGUCAUACCACAGAAAAACCCGCCACCACGCCCACAGAGCUCAAGGUGACCGACUCACUCACUUCCAUGUCCUCUGAGUCCGUUCCUCCAAGUUGCUCCAUCCCAUCCACCUCGACUCCCUUCACUACUCAAUCUACAACCACAACAGAAGCUCCUCCCACUAGUGAGAGAGCACUUUCCCCCCCAUCUGCCAACAUCCUUGAAGAGCUACCAGUCUUAGAAGCCACCAGUAUUCUCCCAGAAGCUGACGAAAAGUUAUCACCUUCUGGUGAUCCAAUUUCAGAUUCCCAACCAGGUAUCUUGAACCCAGCUCUGACUUCUGAUGAUUGUAGCUCAAUCUCAGCUGUUGCAACUAACUCAUCUGCAACAAAUUCAUCCAUCACUUCCACGACAUCGCUUCCUCAGCAGUCCAGCGAUAGCGUCACAACGAAAGUCUUAUCUGACGACGCUAUCACCAGCCCCUCCUCCCUUGAUUCUCUGAAAACCACCACGAGCUCCGCCUUUGUUAGCACCAGUGGGCCCACGGCCUCUGAGAGCGUGGACACAAUCUCCACAUCCACCAUCGCUCCAGUCACUGAUGCAUGUCUGUCCUCCACUGCACCUGUGGAAACGCCGACGACUUCUGAGUGUUUGACUUCUACUGCUGACGUCACAGCCCCACCAGACACAGACCUUCCUCACUCACAUGACACCAGCACAACUCUUCCAUCAGUUAUUACAAGUGUAACUGAUAACUCAAGCUACACUGGUUUGAGCAACCCAGCGCCUUCAGAUGAAAGUCACCGUCAAGACGAUUGCCACAUCUCCUCAGGAGAUGAACCCAAGAUGGAGCAGAGAGGACAGGACAAGCAGUCAGAAGCAGAUAAAAAGGCGGAGAUGGCCCAAGAGAGCAAGCCACCCGAGGAAAGUGAAACAAUCACUGUUAUUGAUGAUCACAAAGACAGUGGUGAUUGUAACAACCUGCCAGCUCCAGCCCACAAUGAAGAAACGAUCGUAGAAGUGCAGGCAGCAGUGGUGAAACCAGAAGACGUCACAUUGACAACUGCAGGGGAAACCAUGGAGUCACCAUCAACGACUGAGUGUCAGAAAGAAGAAACUAAACAAGCCAGUGGAUGAAGUCAUUACAAAAAGGAUCCUGGGACCAACUACUGUGAGGGAGAGAGGAGAGUACACAGUACAGGAUGAGGCACCACUGCACUUCCUACAGGGACCACCACUUCACAGCAGCACACCGGACAUGGUGGACCAAUGGACCAAAGAACUAAGAUCCCCUCGAUGUGAUGUAAUUUUGAAUCCAGCUGUGUCUUUGUCCAAUUUUCUAACUUGCGUUUGAGAUUGUCGUUGCACGUUUUGAUUAUGUACCAUAAGAUAAUUUCUGUGCUUCAAGACAAGAUGUUUACAAAAGAUGGAUAAGAGAAAUAGCUAUGAAUAUUAAAUGGGAUAUUGAAUUCACUGAAAAAGUCCUCCUAAUUUUCCUCAUCGUCCUAUGAGAAGAAAGUUUCUUGCGCUGUUGAAGAACUUUUCACAGGCGGUGGAAGUCUUGCCUUUGGCAAAAAGUUAUGAGAGGCAUCAAUUUAUAAUGUCUGGGCCUUUGGGGUGUUAGUGGUCGUGUCAUAAAUAUUCAUACCGAGAUUUUUGUUGGCUCCUUACCACACGUUGCGAGACGAGCAGGCUGCUUAGCGGCCGCUUACGUCCCCUAGGGUCCUCGAACAAAUGGAAGUAGUUUGAAUAAAUGUCAAGUGAUGCUUAUUUUUGUUAAUGGAUGAGAUUAUUAAUAUCUGGUGUUGAUGUAUAUCGCCGGUGCAUUGCUUUCAUUUUAUUUACUUGCAUACUCAGGAGGCUUUGUGAAUUUUGAAAGUGGAUAAAUACACCCCCUGUGGAAAGGUUUUGUUGGUGCAUGAGGUGCUAUAAAUAUAUUUCCCUCAUUAUAAUAAUCACAUAAUAGGCUGUCCUAGAUUCGUUACCCCCUCUCUUCCUGCACCUCAAUCAAAACCAGCCGCUGUUUCCAUCUUGAUUCAGCUUUUUAGUCCCCAACCACUUGUGAAGUUCUGAGGAUGCCAUGCAUGGGUUACCAGUCUGUCACAGAACACAUUCAAUCAUCACCGUGUUUGGAAAUGAAACCAAAACUCCAGAAAAGGAACAGUCCAGGCUGGAGUGACAUGGUACCUGAGAAAACCUAAAAAAGUCGAGGCAGAUCCAGGAUUAAAGUGAUCCACAAAAGUCUGCGGGUUUUUCUUCCAAACAGUCAAGAAGCACAAUCAACUGUGUCCACUCUUCAGACACCACUCUUGCCCACUGUGACUGGUUGCAGACCCCUGCUGUAGAGGAAGUCAAUCUGAUGAGGCCCAUUUUCAGUCUUGAAUGUGAACAGGACAGAAUCAAAGGGCAAAGCCAAUCACAAAAUACCCAGCUAGUGCCGUGGAAGGCUUUAUUUCAGAGCUGUGCUACUGUUUUUGGUGAUGGUUUUUCUAAUACUCGCUCCAUUAGCCGUGCUCCAUCAGCACUUUGUGUAUCAAGUGGUCAAAUCCUGGCUUUUGGCUUGAAAACUAAGGAUCACUCUAUUUAUGGCUCUCACAUCUAGCCCAGUGUUGCCAUGGCAAUCUUGAGAGCAAAUGGCGAACACAAAUUCAAGAUAUGAUUUCAUUAUUUAGUGAACAAUAGCGUAGAAAGUAUAGUAAGAGAAGUAGAAGUAGAAAGUAAGAAAAUAUUAACAAUGAUGAAAUAAGUGAAUAAUAAAAAUGACAAAGCAAAAAGUAAAUGGCACUUGUAUCUGCAAUUUCUUAUGUGUCAGGUGAAAAGGAGAUGUAUCCAGUCCCACCACUUUGAAUUAGAUCAAACGUUUUAGUUGAAAUCCAAACACAAACAGAAUAAUUCAACAUACUUCAUUCAUCACAUAUUUUCCGU